AUGCCUGCCCUUCGCACCCGCGACACCCGAUCCAAUGCCCUUGAGCUUGUCCUCGACCCAUCCUCGUCGACGAGCAAGCCACCACCACUCUCCAUUAGCAUCAUCUCCCCUACACCACGCACACCCGCCUUCUCCUUCCCCGUGACCCACAAUCUGUCCGACAGCCCCUUCAGUAGCCCCAGCAACUCGCCAUUCGAGCCUGACCUCCGCAGUCUCGACUUGAGCAAUCUGGAUGGAAGUGGGAGUGAUGACGAGCCACCAGCGCCGCCACCUGCGCCAAUGGCCACGUUUACUUCCACCUUCUCCGCGCUCCCACCGCCGGCCCCACUUCCUCUCAGCUCUUUCACCCGCACCCUUUCCCCACUCCCUUUGACCAUCCCUCCCCCCUCGACCUCCGCAUCCAAGCGCAAGGGCUCAGCGUCAGCAGCCUCCCCCGGCGAGCGCAGGCCUAAGAAGGGCGACGACGACUAUGUCAAGCGACCAGAGAACGCCUUCAUUCUCUUCCGUCGUCAAGCGUGUGCAGAGCGAGAUGCAGUCUCUGCUCCAGCCUCGCUAGUCGAUGCCCCUUCAUCUUCUGCAGCGGGGAAGAAGGCACGACAGGCCGACCUGAGCAAGACCAUAUCUGCUCAGUGGCGAGCUUUGCCAGCUGAGGAACGGGCCAAGUGGGAGGCGCUUGCGAAGGAGAAGAAGCGGGAGCACGCGGAGAAGUACCCCGGCUACGUCUACCGCCCACAGAGAAAGGGCUCAGCGCCAACUGUACCUCCAGAGGGCACUUUCGUCAAUACCAUGCCCACCAGUCCUGCUGUCAAGCGACGCAAGAUGUCGGCUACCACGACGACAACGACAACAACGACAACGGACAUGCCUCAGCCCGUCGAGUUUGUCCUCCCAGCUCCAAGACCGCGGUCCCAAAGCCACGACCCUGGCGCCAGGAGGUCGCCUAUGCCGUACCAGAGUGUGCAAAUACCCAACGUGUACUCGUCGAACCAGCCUUCUCUUUUCGUCCCGCCAGUUUCGCCAGACGACCAAAACAUGUCGUUGCUACCGAUGAUUGCCCAGUCUUCGCAGUCAAGGUCCGACAGCGGUUUCGACUACCUUCCUUCCUUUGGAAGCGCUUUGGAGUUUGAGGCGAGUUAUCAGGCCUCGGAUUUCUUAAAAGCCAUGUUCCCGCCCUCUUCCGCAUCUUUGUCGAUGCCGCCUUUGUCGCUAUCUUCAUCGUCUUCCGGGGAGUCACCUGCAAGCUCGACACCGAGCUCGCCAUAUACGCCUGCUGCCUCAGUGGUGUCGCAUUACGUCUCAUCAGCUCAGACCGCCACACCGACCCCAGGAGCUUUGCUUGACGCCGCUUACUCCAACGACAUCAACUACUCCAGCGAGUCGUCAGCAUUGUCCCAGCCUUGGACUACUUCGGAUCCGUGGACCGCCUAUGGCGGUUUCUCUGCUUCUGCCAACGCAGGGAACGAGGCGAUGGACUUCGACUUUGACUUCGACCUUGCGAACAUACCCAGCGUUGGCGGUGCAUGGGCGACUGCGGCCCCAGACAACGGUGCUGUGGAAGGUGGCGAACCGUUACCGGUUGCGUCUUUUGGGAUGGGAGAAGGAGUAAAGGGGUUCGACAUGAGUAUGUCGAUGGACUUUGGGAUGCACUUGCCUUUGGGCGAUGAUGCGUCGUUCGAGGGAUGGAAUGGAAGUGGGUGGACGAGCACAACAGAGAACUUAUGA